AAUACAACAAAUUUUUCAAUGGCUUCCUGAACCAGGAUUCUUUUAUACUAUCGCUAUAAAUUCACACUUGCAUACACAUUUUUAUUCGCUACACUAAAUUUAUAUCCUCUCAAAAUUGAAUUACGACAAAUUAAAAAGAAUUCGCGAAAUGGCUGACCACGAAAGAAUCAGAUUGGUGGUAUUAGGUGGUGCUGGUGUCGGGAAAAGUGCGAUUAUACGUCGUUUACUCGGCCAAGGAUUUAGCGAAAGGUAUAGGCCUACCGUCGAAGAUCUCUAUUCGAGAGAAUGCGUUCUGGGUACGCUCACCCUCAAAGUCGAUCUCUUGGAUACAGCUGGUGAUUUACAGUUUCCAGCUAUGAGAAGAUUGAGUAUAGCUACCGCACAUGCAUUUCUCCUUGUUUACGCCACCACGUCAUUACCAAGCUUCGAAUGUGUAAAACGAUGCUUUGAAGAAGUCAGAGAACAGCGACCAGAUUUUCAGGAAGUACCGAUAGUCGUUGCCGGAAAUAAAUUGGACCUUGCAACGACGCGAAGAGAAGUACCGAUUGAAGACGUGAGUGAAUGGUUAUUUUGCGAGUUACCCAAACUUCGUGCCAAAGUAAUGGAAUGUUCAGCUAAGGAUGAUUAUAAUGUCAAAGAUAUUUUCCGAUGUUUCGUCACUUUAUCCAGAAUCGUACCAAAGAAUCAGGCUGGCGAGUCAGACGAGUCAGGCCUUCGACGAAGAUGUUCGGCAUACGGAUCACGCAGAAGCGAUCGAGUCGCUAGAUCUGGCAGUCCACAUAGUAGAACCGGAAGCACGGGCUCUGUUGGCAAUUCUCAGCAAGUGGUCGGAGCGCAAAGUUCAAAUGUUGUUGCUAUCAGUGAGGAGGCAAAGAGCAAACCACGCAGUCGUAGCUUGAUUCGUCGCACUUCGCGAAAAACCAAACAACAAAUUAGAGACACCUACACGGACGACUGCAGUAUCUCGUAAUUUAUCC